UUUGAAGGUUGGUACUAACUGAAAAUGGUAUGGAUUUAAUUCUAGUGGCGCCCUCUCAUAGAAACGAUACGAACUUUUCAGCCGAUCUGUUAAGCAGUAUGUAGCCCCAAGAAUGGGAACAGCAUUGACAAGUUAUUCAAAAGCUGGUGAUUGCUUGUGUAGUUCUUAAGACCUGUUUGCAAUGAAGUUGUUGGAGAACUAAGAAAAUACUUGGUAUAGCUAUAAAUCGCCAAGUAAGCAAUAAGAACAGUGAACAAAAAACAGACACUAGUUGUAGUUCUUGCUGUGGCACAGUGUAGUCCCUGAAGACAAAAUUCCAGUGUAUGCGGAUUUCAAAUUCUUCCUCUUCUGUAGCUCAAAAAUGGUGUAUCUCAGAAUCGAAGAAUGGUUUUAAUAGAAACGAAAUCUUCUCCGUGACUUCCACAUGACCAGUUAGUCUCUUAUAAAUAUUAUUUCGAAUUUUGUGGAAUCAUCUGUUGGGACAUGAAUAAAUGCACACUUAUUACUUCAGUGACAUCGCCAGCUCAAGUAUUUUCUUGAAGAUUUUUCAAUGUAUAAAUUUGUCGUUUUAGUUAAAGAUGUGAUGAAAAACAGCGUCUUGAAUACUCAACUUCAAAUGUCUUACCUAAUCAGAUGCCAAUUCAUUCAUUUUUUUUAGAGAACACAAACGAUGAUUGUGCCAUUUAAAUUCACGUUUUUUCGCGUUCAUUUUUUGCCCUUCGGACAUUCAAACUGCUAUACAUUUUUCAUCUUCCUGUAUCAGAAAUCCGUUUCAUGCUACAUUGUAAUACGAAAAACGAUAUUGAAGCAAAUUGCACCGGUUGCUCUUAAUAUUAAUAUAAACAGUUUGCUGUCAAAUUAUUAUAGCUGUUAUCAUCUAUGAGGGCACGUAGAGGACUAUCGAAAUUGAUUAUUUUACCUUGAAUUUACCUGCUAUAUUAUGAUAUUGACAAUGACUUACCACAGUUGUUUGAUUCAAUUUAUUGCAAAGAUGUUUUCUUUCAGUGGACAGUCUGCCAAAAAACAGCAGAAACAUAGAAGUGUAAUCGAUAUUUGCGAAAAGCUUGAUUUUCCCUCAUAAAAACAAACGUUACAUCAUUUCUUUGUGAUACUUGUGUUGAUAGCACCCAAGUCGUAUUUCUAUUUUACUCGCCGGGACAGCAAGAACUAGUUCAGGGUCAUCUUGCCAAGGAAUGUCUCCGUUUGACCAGAUUUACCCUGAUAUUUUUCUUUGCUAGAAACGUUUGCUCCAUUUGCCUAUACUUAAAACCGUUCCAAUUUCCAAUGGACCCAGAUUUGUUCCACGAGCAGCACCAACUGUCAUAAGUAGUCCUCUUUUACUAUUAGCGGUUCUACUAGCAUUGAAACGGUUCGUAGUCGCGUGUUACUCCUGCACAGGAAAGGCACUAGUAGAGAACUCGUAUCGAAACUGACAACAGUGCGGGUUCAGGUUCGAUUCUAAUAACACAAAAAAAAAUGAAACCAUUCAUGGCUGAUAGCUAAAUUCAAGUUUAAUUUGAAUACUGAAUACAAACAAAAAGACUACGUAGCCGAUAGAAAAAAAAACAAUUAGCAAUGUGCCGAAUGAAACUCGCCAUGUGACAGUGUCUUGAAGAAACUAAAAUACCCCUAUCUAAACACUAAAGUGCUUAAAAGUUAACAGCAAAAUGCUAACACGUGCCGUUAAUGCGUUUCGCAAGCGAAAGCCAAAGCAAUCGGGCAGCGGUCCGGAUCAGGAAGGGCUAACGGGUUUCAGUGAACCCGAAACGGAAACCGACGAUUGCGUGAGCUGUCGUUCGGAACCGCUUGGAGUGUUCGAAGAUGUAUCCAAACGCGGUCGGGAUGCCCGACUGACCGACGAUGAAUCAAACCAGCGGACAGGUGGUGGUACUCGAUUCUCCAGGUUUGCCAGCUCAGCCAGCGCAAACGGUUCAUCGUUGCUACGGCUUCGAUCGCGAUCACGAUCGAAAGACCUCGUCGCAGGAACCGGCAGUCUACCUAAUAUUCUAUGCGGUAAUCGUGUAAGCCAAAUGACCCGCGCUUACGAUGAUAUCGAUGCCGUAACGCGACUGCUGGAGGAAAAAGAGAAGGACUUGGAAUUGACGGUGCAGAUCGGGAAGGAGCUGCUGACACAAAAUACGCACCUCGAAACCCGGGUUUCCGAGCUGGAGCAGGAGCUGAAGAGUACGAACGAAAACCUAGCGCAGCUCGCCCACGAGCUGCAUCAGAAGAACGAACUGAUUGGAAUACUGACCAACGAUGCGGACGACAGCAGUGAGAAUGUCACGCCUACCACGUCCAAAUCUAUUAAUCUGGAGCUGCUGCAGCGGAAGGUCAAAUCGCUAGAAGACGAAAACAAGUCACUUCGAUGUGAGGCAGCCCAACUAGUGAUGGAAACUGAUGAGUGCGAAGAGCAGGAACGUAAGCUAAUGGCCGACAUAGCAAACCAGCUAAGCACGGCAAACAGCGAAUUCGACGGAUUGAAUCUGGAGUUAGAAAGACUGAAGGAAGAAAACCGACUCCAACAUGAGCAAAUCGUCAGCCUUACAUCCCGGCUCGCAGAGGCGGAAAUUCGGUUGCAUCAGCUCACCACAGAGAACGAGGAAGCUUCUUCGCUGCUCUGUAUUACCAAAGAAAACCAGAACUUACUGGCUGGCGAGUUGUCGGAGUUCAAAACACGCUACCAAGAGGUGCUCAAUCUGCUGCACGAAACACAGGACCAGCUACGACUUCAAAGAAAACGUACGCAACCGAUGGCAAGAAGUUCGUUGAUACCUGGACUAGCUGUGCCCGCUCCGGAUUCGCUCCAAUCGGAACUGAUGGAGACAUCUCUGUACUCGGAGAACAGUCUCGAUUCGGGCAUAGCUUCUGAACGCGGUGGCUCAGCUCAGCAGAAUGCAUACAAAAAGAUAUUCGAAACAGUUCGUUCGGCAACUCGUGCCAACGCCGCAGGUUUCAGCGAUUCGUUUUCCCAACUCGGCUCAAUGACGAUGAGCUCUUCAUCACAGCCACGAAUGGCACCGUACGUAUUCCCUGGUGCCACAUCUACGCACUCUUACAAAAGUGGUUCCUCCUUAUACAGCACAAUGUACGAUAGUUCUCUCGGCGGGCGUACGUUUUCGCGUGAAAGUUUGGUUUCCGAUUCAGAUGAUGGCUACCCAGGACCAGCACAAGCCGGCAUUCCUGGUGCUCCAGGAGCCAAAGAUCUCGAGGCGGCUCUGAAACGACUGACACCAGCCGAAGUGCUGGCCCGCAGAGCAAUGCUUCAACACGCACCAGCUGGAACCUACAGUUACGACGAUCAAGCUGGCGGAAUGCCUCUGGGAUGUCGCACUCCAGACAGUAUCAUGUCCACCGGAUCAUCCGGGUUGUCCGGUGUGUCAUCGAACCAGUGGCGUCUGCCGGAAAAGCUACAAAUAGUCAAACCGAUCGAAGGCUCCCAAACUCUACAUCACUGGUCACGGCUAGCAACACCCACCUUAAGUGGCCUCCUAGAGGAACGCCCCGGUGUCACAAUUCGCGGUGGACGUGGACUGGACGAACUUGGCCUACAGACUUACUCGCUGUCGGACGUCGAAGAAGAUGCCGAAGAACAACCGGGCAAACGCUUCCAAACGUACGGCUGUACCUACACCUACACCAACAGUACCGUUAUGCAUCCGGACGACGGUACGAUGGCGGUCACAUUCAGUCUUCCGCCAUCGCAAAUGUCCUCGCACAUGGCCUCGGAAUGUCCCUCGCGGCAACCAUCGGCUCCACCUACACCACGAACUGGACUGUCGCGAAGAAACUCCUGCUCUACGUUCUCAGUAAAUCUGGGACUGGCUUCGAUGCUGAACGAACGGGGCAUCAAGGCGGUAACACCCAGUGCACUGAACACACCGGCUGGACCCAACUUUUCGCCUACGGUUACGCCAUGCAAUAGUCCCGAGGGUUCACCAACCCGUCCCAUGUCCCCGGAAGUACCGCUGCUUGGUGGACUACUCGCCUCGGGUGCUGAUAUUUUACGUAAGAAAUUUGCUAUGGCAUCGACGUCCGGUGAAAUGGAACGACCAUCACGACUAACUACACGGAAUAAACUUGCCCUCACCAGACUGGAGAAAAAGGCUCUGCGAUCGAUUAAAAUAAUGGAAAAAGUGGAAAGCAUGGGAAUGGACAAUUUUAUGCCUCACGCCGGACACGGAAUUAGUCCACUGGCACUGCAUGGCUCGUCAGCACUGUACACUUCGACUGUACGUGGACGCACUUCGAGCCCGAUGGCACAGUUGACCAGCCUGAAGCACUUACAGCAUCAACAUCAGCAGCAGCAGCAACAGGACGAACUGCUCAUCGACAAGGAAACCAUCCGGGCUGUACUGAGCAAAGGAUUAUCGCACGAUAGUUUGAAAAACCUUUCUUCUGGAUCAAGUGAUGCUUCGGGUUCGUCGGCGGUUUCAUCUUCGGGAGUCUACGGUGACAGUGAUAGUGGUUCUUCGGCUAGUGAAGUAAGGCCAGUAGCAUCGAAAACUAAACAAACUCAAGUUAAACAAGAACCGCAAAAACAACAGCCGCAGAAUUCCCCAACGACUGCGGCUCGUCUAAAGCAAAUGCAGCGACAGAAAAGUCGCCGCAGUUUGCUCAACGGUGCUAACGGGUCCCAGCGGCCAGAUUUGGGAACGGUGAACGGUUCCACCAGCAGACCGGGUGUCCGACCCGACCUCGGUACGGUAGGUGGUAGCAACAGUAAGUCUAAGAGCAAUAAUAGCAAAAAUGAUUCGUCAUCGACGGACCACGCGCCGUCUGCUCCAGAACAAAGCCGCUCGCUAGGACAAAGUGUGUACGGUACUAUAAGCUCGCUACUAUUCGGACGUAAGGGAGGACUCCUGUAAGAACAAAUUCGGUUUAUGUUUCGGUAGAGAAUAUUUCUUGAGAAAAAGAAAGUUUUUCGUCUGUUUUAAGAUUAUUCAUUUUAGAACACUGGAAUGUGUUUCCUUUUCUUAUUAUGACAAAACAUUUAUCAACCAGUAAAUGAGAGAAAUUAGAACAAUUAAUCUUUGAAUACUAAAUGCAAAGCAAGACAGCAGAUAGUUCCUUCAUGGCACAUUUACUCAAACGGCUCUAGCUAUAUCUCUUCGGGGGUUUGUAAGUCAAGAAAGAGUAAAACUAUACGACACCAAAAUUCAAUUAAUUUGCCAAAACAAUAGCGUUUACCUCCUUUUUUCUCUCCACUGCCGAAUGUAUGAUCAGUAGCAUGAAAAUAGAGACGUUCAGCAAGUUAUUUUUAGCAAAAAGUAGUUAUUAGAGGAGCAUUCAAUUACUCCAAAUACAAAUUUUCUGGAAGGUGCACAUAUAUUCAACAAACAUUCCAGUGGUAGUAGGUAGAAUAAGAUGCCCAACGUUUAUUUUUAGUUUUUUUCGACAUUUAUUUUUCUUUAUGAAAAAAAAAUUCUUUGCAUUUCUACCAUCGAAAACUGUCAACUGAGCUUAACAUUUUAUUUUUUUCUAAUUUAAUUUUAUUUUUUUCUAAUUUCUAAUAACAUUUGAUUUGGUGUCGAUAGUCUUACUCUGAACGGUAAUGGGUUAGUAAGGAAGCGAUAUCAUCACUGUGUUAUGCCAAUUUGUCGUAUUAUUACUUUUAGCUCACCUCAUCUUUCAAUGCGCAUUAAGGGCUUCGCAACGCAAUCUAUUCUUAAUGAUUACCUUCUUUUUUGUUUACGUCGAAUGGAUUAUUCAUUCAAAACAAUUGCAAUCAAUGAUAAGCUCGCAGAAACCUUUGCAUUUUCGAUCGCAAUUCAAGUUUGUCGUAAACAUGAAAUCUAGGAAUAUUACGCUUAUUAAUUCAUAUAGACGAAUAUUUCUAGCUUUGUUAAACUCUUUGCUUACGUGAUAUUAACCUGCACAAGUCACCACAAAACGGUUCCGCACCAGCACCACCCAUAACACGUAGUUUCGCGUAUUCGACUACCGUUUUUUUCUAAAUCCAAAUCCAUAACAUGGAGCAGUGUCGACAGAAGAAUGCGAUACUUUGCCGUCAUUCGACCGAACAAGUACGCAAACAAUGUCAGUCAGCCAUAUUCUGCUUCACGACGGAUAGAGUUUUCAUUUGCAUCCUGUGAUUUUGAAGUCGAAAGAAAACGCAAUUCGUCGUAAAGCAGUAGGUGGUUGAAAAUCGACCAUAUAUUUGCCCGACAGACUGUUUCUAGUUCCGGAUCUUUCGAAAAAGAAAGAUUCGUGUAAGCGCAGCAUGUGACAGUCUGACAUCCUCUUCUGUCGUUAAUGUUAGUCCGUUUCCAAACAGCUUGUGCCUAUGAGAAGGGUUGUCUUACUUCUCUUCUCAGAGAAACACAAAAUCGCUUUACAAUAAACACUAGCAUCACAUCAGUAGGUUUAAUAUCAUGAGGUAAUAAAUUGUUUUCAUUUUCUCGUGCUAUAUGGAAUUUCUCCCCCUUGGAACAUUUCACUUAUUCGAGACUGGCAUGGUGAUAUUUUCAUAAACUGGACCGCUUACUUUAGAGAUUAUAGCUAGAGAUCUUCGCACAUUUAUAUUCUACCAUUUCAAAUAUGUAUACAAUUUCCAUUCAUGUCUUCACUCUGAAAUAGCCAAAUGUUCUAAAAAUGUACUUAGUUCGAACGGAAGUACAGAAUUAUUUUCAAUAAACACACUGCUGUUUAGAAGUGCAAUUUCAGAGCACCAAAAACUAUUCCGAGACGAUGCAUCGAAAAAUCUAUAUCAUAACAAACAGGUGCUAUAAAGUCGUGAGUACUGUUCACCUCUGCUGGUUCUUAACGUAUAUACGUCAAAAACCUUCAGAACAGUGUAAGUUUUACUUUGCUUUUGCACUGAGUUUGUUUUUUUGUUUAUCAAGUAUUAUGAAAGCGAAUCAGGUGGUUUAAGUGAAAGGGGAAAAGAAAUACUGUAACUGUAUAUAACACACAGAAACCUGUUAGUGAAUAGAAUACUGAUAAUAAUAGAAAACACAAAAAUAUUCAACAAGAAAAUAGAACGCAGCUGUAGAUAAUUAUUUAACUAGUUAAAAUGAAGAUAAAAGUAGUAAGUGAAAAGUAAGUAUUUAUUUUUAUACAACAGCCGGCCAGCUAAAGCCAAAUUCGAGUAAACAUUUGUUAUAAAAGAAAUGUAAGUUUAGGAUCUUUCAACCAAAACUCUACAACGGUAUGCAAAACUCCAUAUACCACCACCUCUUCGCCUGUCUCAAGUGUAGAACUUGUAUAUCCCAACUGAACUGAGUUAUAAGAAAUAAAAACCCUGGUAGCAUAACUCGCUACGAAGCAGCCAGUCAUUCACCACCUGCUUGAUACUGACCGACGAAAACUUGCCGAGUUUACAUGAGGCAAAACAUAAAAAUUGAUUCUAAAUAGCCACGUUCUCCCGCCAGAAAAAAAACACUAAUACUUCCGAUGUACGCUACAGAUCUAGAAGAACCGACGAAAUUCACGACGAAGCGGGAUGAUAUACGGAAAGCGUCAUUGAAAGGAGCUGUACCGGCAUUACACACAGUGCAGCAGUAGUUUUAUUUUUUAUUUGCUGGAACAAUACAAACAAAGAAUAACAUAAAAUAAACAGGAAAAAAUUGAAAGUUGAAAUGUGCCCGAUUACAAAGAAUAAUGAGAACAAUGUUCUAGUAAGUUAUUUACGGAAUAAUUCAUUUGGAACGAAGUGAAAAAAACGAUGUUGGUUAAUUGUAUUACUAGAAUGUUACACCAGAAAUAUUUUUUUCUGCAGGAAUAAUUAUUAAUAAAAUAAGGUUAAAAUUAUUAAUGAA